GCUCAUGUACAAUCGGUUCACAGAAGAUUUUAGAGAAGAUGUGACAAUUAAACGGCUACAAUAAAUGGGAUUACUGAGAAGUUCCUUUAUUUGUAAUUGUGGUAAUCAAUCGACUUAUGGACCUUCAUAUCAUUCCAGCAGUAGUGACAUUACUCGAAGCAUUUAUAUGUCGACCGAAAUCUGUCUUAUUGUGGAAAUCAUUUGUUGUAUGUUACAUACUGAUGACAGUCUACAAUAUCUAUAUGGAAGUUUCAAUUGUUGCGUUGCAAUUCAGUCCAUAUCCUAAAUUAGACAAAAUUCCUACUGUUUAUCGUUAUCUUGUUUAUCUUAUAAGUUGGGGACUGGUAACUAUAUUCACUCUUGUCAGUUAUGGAAUUCUUCGAUUUAUUGGACGUAAUGACAAUGAUAUUCGUGAACUAAAAAUGGAGUGAAAUACUCUAGCUUGAUUGUGAACAGAUAUUCAGUCCUAUUUCUUACAAAAGAUUAACACAUUUAUAUAUUUGCAGAAUGUUGUAUAAUAAAACAAUUUUAAUGUUUGUAUAUUUCCUGG